AUGUUGCUGAUCAUACUCCCACUGCUACUCUUGUCGCAGGCUAAUGUCGCAUUGGCCCUUGUUUCGUCGUCUUCCAAAUCGUUCGAGUUGACAGGCAUUCCACGCGAAAUCGACUGGAUUUUAAAAAGUCCUCCCGUUCCGGUGGAUGCCGAGACAUCCCUGCUCGAGUCUGGAGUACUCAUUCAACGAGGUGAAUUUGGAGUGUUGACGGAUCCUCGCAAGGAGGAAAUAGGAAAUGUGUGUAAGGAACUUGGGAUGACGCUCGUGCAGGGCCUCAGCGUCCGAAAACAGGUCAUGGUGACCCAGUCGGUUCAUUCGGGUUGGAAACUCAAAAAGAAUAGCGGCCGGCUUUCUCGCCUCAUGGAUAGUGGAUCCAGUAGUAUUGCUGACUUGUCCUUUUCAUUUGAUCAGCCUCCCGUCGGCAUUAUAAGAGCUAUUCUUGAUUUUCGCAUUCGAGAAACCUAUGCCGAUGCGUUGGAAGAUCAUUUUGUCAAGAAGAUUGUCAAGGCAAUCGUCGAUGGGACAUUGGUGGGACGUCAUCUGGAUGAUUUCUUGUCCAGUAGGGAACAGCACGAACUCGAAAUGGCACGACAGUCCGAUGUGACCAGCUUUGUAACUCCGGGAGACAAUUUUUAUGGCGCGGGAACUGCCAAACACUUUAGCCGCGGUGUGCAGAAACAAAUUGCCAAGUACGAAGAAGAAUUUGGGGGUCCCGGUGCCAUUGUGUAUCGUUGCGGGUUCUCGGCAUUGUUGGCGGAGCGUCUGCCCAACACACUCCUGCUGGAUGCCGGGCCUUUGACAGUACCAGAUUUCUCGGAUCAAAUUGUUUGA